GAACACAAGACCAUAAGACUAUGAUUUAACUACCACUACGGCCACAACACAACAACCUCUAUCCCCCAGACAGGCACAUUGCAAUCUGCAUUUCUAGCAGGCUCACUCAAGGAUAAUCCGGAUACAGAAGAGAGUAUGGCCACCAAUUCAAUAAAACUCCUAACAGGCAAUUCCCACCCAGAAUUAGCCAAGAAGGUCGCCGAACGCCUGGGCAUCGACCUCCUUGACAUGUCCGUCUUCAAAUACUCCAACCAGGAGACCAGCGUAAUAAUGCGCGAGUCGGUGCGGGAUGAAGACGUCUUCAUCCUACAGUCGACAAAGCCGGGUGAGGAGCUGAACGACGGCCUAAUGGAGCUGCUGAUAAUAAUAAAGGCCUGCAAGACGGCCUCCGCGCGGCGAAUUACGGCUGUGAUGCCAAACUACCCAUACGCAAGGCAGGACAAAAAGGACAAGAGCCGUGCACCCAUAAGCGCGAAGUUGCUAGCGAACAUGCUGCAGAAGGCUGGGUGCAAUCACAUUAUAACGAUGGACCUGCACGCCAGCCAGAUCCAGGGCUUUUUUGAUGUGCCGGUUGAUAAUUUGUACGCGGAGCCGUCUACGCUCCGCUACAUCCGCGAAAAUUUCGACUACAAGAACGCGGUAAUUGUGUCCCCAGACGCUGGCGGUGCCAAGCGCGCGACCGCACUGGCCGACCGUCUAGACUUGAACUUCGCCCUCAUACAUAAAGAGCGUUCACGCCCCAACGAAGUGUCGAGGAUGACGCUGGUCGGGGAUGUCGCCGGGAAGAUCGCCAUCCUCGUCGACGAUAUGGCCGAUACUUGCGGCACACUGGUUAAGGCUGCCGACGUGCUCAUGGCUUCCGGAGCCCGGGAGGUUGUGGCUAUCGUUACGCAUGGCAUACUCAGUGGGAGUGCAUGCGAGAAAAUCAAUAGCAGCAAGUUAAGCAAGGUCGUGGUCACGAAUACGGUCCCCCACGAGGAGAAGAAGAAAGGGUGUGCAAAAUUGGAGACUAUUGACAUUGCGCCUACGCUAGCGGAAGCUUGCAGAAGGACGCACAAUGGCGAGAGUGUAUCGUUCUUGUUCUCUCAUGCUCCGGUUUAA